UCUAAAGGUUCUCUGCUCCUACGAACAGCUCUCGGUGGGAAACUUCAGUUCUGUCCUCGUGCUGAUAAAAUAAAACACUCGCUGUAAAUAACCGGUUUAAUCCUGUUAAACUGUAGGUUAAAAUAACCGAUAUUAUCUUCACGAAAACCACGUGACCAAACGGACUAAAGAAUAAACACAUGGUUCUGUUCGGCUGAAUAACAAAAUGGACCAAGAAUCCUGGCUGAGCUGUGAGAAGACUGCUGUCCUGCAGGGUGGGUUUCUGCUGGCUAAUCAGUUGUGCCAGCCAGCACCUCUCUCUGCUUUGAGAAAAGAGGACUGGGAGCGAGUUGGGCGGCCAGUAGUUCAAGCAGUCACCGAGAUAUGUGGACAGCGGUGUGGAGGCAACCAGGACCAGCUUAACUGGAGAAAAAGGAUUCUCUGUAUAGUAUGGAGCAAGAUCUUGGAGAUGGAGACAGGAGAGGAUAUUGAUGUCCAGUGGAAGGAAAAUCCACUGUUUUCUGUUCAAAGCAGCCUACCUGAUAUAAACCAUGUGGUUAUGUUUGAGUUGGUGAAAUCAGUGGGUUUCUACAGCAUUUAUGUUGAAUUGCUCCAGUGCUUUCAAGAAGCUGAGCAGUGGAGAGAGCUGGAGAGGUUAGCGAAACAUGUCUCAAGUGAUUGCAAAGAGGAGGAUGUGAAGUUCUUGCUGGAGGUGUGGUGGGAGAUGAUGAAGGGACGGAGGGAAUCGCUGGAUAAUCUGGACCAAAUCUUUAGUGCCCAGUGCAUACGAUUUGGACAGAUCACCUCAGACUGCUCAUCUCAGGCUUCAAAGCGAUUUAAACCAGACCCAGAAGCUGCUGUACCCAACAUGUGCAUAUUUUCUCUUUUGUUUGAGACACUGAACAGCAUAAAAGAGUGUAUAACCUCUCCUGGACUGUGUUAUUUUGGUCUCUCCAACUGCCUAGACAUGCUGUAUACUUCCUUCAUGUUAGAUCAUGCAGUGGAACUCCCAGUUGAAGUUAAACUGCAAAACAUUGCUCGCCCAGUAAGCCAGCGAAGGAAGAAUUCUGUCUUGGAGGGAGCUGAACUUGCUCAGGCCAUAUUUGAAGCCCAGAGAGAUCUUGCGGCCACACUAACUCCAGCUCAGAGCAAGCCGUGCGGAAUGACCUUUGCACAAGCCAUGGAGACGCUACUUGGAAUAAUAUGCUCAUGGGAAGCAAAGGCAUUGCUGACAAUGUCCAACCAACCAAGUGAACCAAGUGUCCUCGCAUUCCGUCUCAAAGACAGUCUGCAAAGAGUCCUGGAGGCUUUAGAGCGGAUGAAAUCUGAAAAUCUAGAUGAAAAUGGACAGGCCUUGAUUAAUUUGAAAAAGGCUUUGACUGAUUUGCUAGCUUCCUCAUCUUUUAGCAUGUCUGAAAGCCCCUCAACUGAAAUAGCAAGUGUUGCUACAGCCAUUCUUGACUGUAAUCUGCAGGGUUUCCAGGACCUUCCUAAACUCUAUGCCUCCAAACUAAGCCAAGCCAUCAGUGAGACAGAGUGGUUGAACUGUCUCGAACGAAACAAAAGUGCAUUCCAGCAAAAAGACCUGGUUAUGACCCUGGUUUCUACUCUUAUAGCCAAAAGCCAGGGUGAUACUGACGUAAAUCAGUCUAAAAAACUGAAAAACAUUAUUAUGGACAUUUUCUCCCAGCUUCUGUUGCCUGACAAGAAUGCAGCACUUUCUGAAAUCCUUAAAUUGUCCAAGAAAGGCUUACAUGGAUUUCUUCCGAGCUCUGUUACAGCAGGCUACGAUGGGGAACUCAACCUAGCCUUCAACAGCAUCAUUCAGGGUGGAGCUCAGGCGAAAAGCAGCCUGAGCUCGGCAGUCUCAGCCGUAGCUCGUGUUGCCUUCCAGAACCCUGAGGCUGCUUUGGGCCGAUGUUGCCACAUGGCUGUGGUGAACCUUGGGGCUCAUACUUUUCUUGCACAGAUUCUCCAACAGCUGCCAGGCCUCAGGAGCUCUCAGGAGCAGAAUUUGUUAUGCAGGUGCCUGCAGACCAGUGUGUGGAACAAGUUCUCUUCAGCUCAGGAGGAAGAGCAGUUUCUUCACUUCCUGUCUGCUUUGAUGGAGCCCACUAUUGUUGAGAAAACAGAAGAAAAGGUGGAAAAGCUCUGCUUCCUCCUGCCAGAGGAGGCUGUCCAUGCGUUUGUCCUGCCUUUCUUCUCUUCUUUGACCACCGGGUCAUCCAGCCUUGAGUUGUGCCUUCGGGUUCUCCAGUGUGCCUUGACUCAUAUACCAUCAGGCGAUGCUACAACAUCUUGGAUAAUGAACUGCUCCCCAUUUCCUCUUCUGUACAGUCUCGCUCAGCUCCUCAACAACUGCAGUAGGUGCUGGGAGCAGUCACUAGAGGGCGACACGGUGUUAUCUAUUGAGUCCAAAGAACUGUUGAUCUCUAUUCUGACCAUGCUUGGAAAAGCAGUUGGCAAGGAAGUAGAACUCGAUCCUGGUACCUGGUCCAGAGCUGUCUCUUGGCUGUAUGGGAAAGUGGAAGCCCUUGACUGGACUGUUCGCUUUUACCUGAAGGAAGUGUGGGGGCAGCAUUUUAAAUACGAGGUGCCAAGCUCGCUCAUGGCCGUGUGUGAUCUUCCAGAGCAGGAAUGGUCUGGCUUGCUGUUGCCACACUAUGGACAAGGCACUGGCCUAUUAGCUUGGGUGGAAUGUUGUUGUGUCUCAGAUCAUGUUCAGGCAACAAUGCUGGACUCCUUGUGUCUAAAUCUUCUCAACCCAGAGGAAGUCAACAUGUUCAGCAAAGGCCUGAUGGUAGCAGUGAUCCAGACCCUUCCUUGGUGCACCAUCGAAGAAUGGGAGCGGAUGGUGAAGGUGUUGUGUGAGCUUUUGCAUUCAGACAAGCUUCACGUCCCAUACUCCCUGGAAUAUGUAGACUUCCUGCCAUUACUUGACCUUCGUUCUUUCGCUAGUGACUUGCGUCUGUCUGUGUUCUUACUACGCUUAUUCCAGCUACUCUGCGGAUCAAGCUGUGCUGACUGGCUGCCUCCUCAAGGCUGGGCACACGUAAGCCGACUCUAUGCUUCUGCCAUGAGGCGUGUCAUUAACUCUGCUAAGAGUAAAGUACCCAUCCCAUCUACAGCAACCUCCUUUAAAACCCCUGAGACCAGCAAUGAAGUUCUGAGCCAGGAGGUUCUAUUCGUUCUGGCCCAACUGUUCUGUCAUGUCCUGCACGUACAAGUAAUGAUACCUGGCCAGGCAGAGCCUCUGUUUCUCUGUGCACUGGAGAUUCUAUCCAGCUAUGAGGCAGUUCUGACUGCAUAUCCUAAGAUUAGCCCUGCCGUACAAAGAGCUAAUACACGCCACUUUCUCACCACCAUUGCAGACAAUGUGCAGUGUGCAGACUCGAGAGCUGUUCUACACCAGAAAAUUGCUCAGCUGUGAGUCUAAACUAAGACUAUUGAUGCAAAUGAAUUUCAGGGUAUGUGGGUGAUCAGCACUAUAUUAGCACUGUCUUGUCUUUUGUUCACCAUAAAAUAAAGUUUUAUGGUUCACACAGCAUAA